GGAAGGCAGAGUCCGCGAAUGAGCCCGUAGGCGUAGACGUCCGCGUCAGCGUAAGUGCCGUCUCUGUUCGCGCUUUCCGCUUCUCGUCAUCACGCCCACAGCUUCCACAAUGGACGACCAUGAGCCUGAGAUUGAGCGGGACGACGAGCUACAGAAAUUUUUGGGCACAACGUCCUUCGGGAAGCAAUCGCGAGAGGCGAAUGUGCAGAAACAGGUGGAUCUGAGCAAGCGACCGGUCAAUGUUGGCGCACCACAACAGCGUAUUGGCGCUGCGAAAGACUCCGAUGAUGAGAAAGAUGAUGAUUCGGACGACGACGACGAUGACGAUAGCGACGAUGAGGAUGAUGAAUACCCUGUCUCGCAUGAGAUGAUCCUCAAGACACACGAACGCGCGGUGACAGCAGCGACGAUUGAUCCAUCGGGAGGACGUCUGAUCACUGGAUCCAUGGACUGCACGCUCAAGUUCCACGACUUCGCGUCCAUGACGCCCACCACAAUACGCGCGUUCAAGUCAGUCGACCCCAAUGUCUCGAAGAGCUCGGCCAACGUCGAGAAUCAUCCUGUCAGUCAGGUGGUGUUCAGCCCACUCUCAGCAGGCCACGUCUUGGUUGCGACAGCACUUCCACAAGCGAAGAUUUUGAGCAGAGAUGGAGAGAUAAUAUGCGAGUUCACGAAAGGCGACAUGUAUUUGCGCGAUAUGCACAACACCAAGGGUCAUAUCAGCGAAGUGACGACGGGAUGCUGGCAUCCUACAGAUCGGAGUUUGUGCGUCACGGCGGGAACGGAUAGCACGCUUCGUAUUUGGGACAUCAACAACCCACGACAGCAGAAGGAGGUCAUCGUGCACAAGUCGAGAGCUGCGGGCUCAGCAGGACGCACGAGAAUGACAGCUGUGGCAUGGGGUUCGCCGAUGCAGGGAGGCAACAAUCUGCUAGUCGGUGCCGCGCUGGAUGGAUCACUGGUGAUGUGGAGUGGCGAGGGACCUCAUACCCGGCCAGCGGCAGAGAUCAGAGACGCACAUAAACCCGACACAUGGACGAGUGGGCUUGACAUCGACUCGGCCGGCCGCAUGGUCGUCACGCGAGGCGGCGAUGAUACUAUCAAGUUGUGGGAUACGCGCAAAUUCAAGCAGCCUGUCGCCACCAUUUCUCACACCUCGACAUCGUCUCAAUACGCCACGACGAACAUUCGCUUCUCUCCGACAUCGACCAGUAUCCUGACCGGAUCACAAGAAGGCAACCUACACAUCCUCAACCCCGGCACUCUCAAAUCGGAACUCGUUACUCCAGUCACGCCAGGAUCUCCUCUCAUCACGGUCCUGUGGCAUCCCAAACUGAACCAGAUCGUGACCGGGUCUGCGAAUGCAGAAACUCACAUCCUCUACAACCCGAACACCUCCACCGCAGGCGCCAAAACCGUCAUGUCUCGUGCGCCCAAGCGUCGCCACAUUGACGAUGACCCGAAUUUCACCACGGACCUUUCAUCUGGCAUUUCUGGCGAUGCCAUCAUCACACCCGGUGGUGCUGCCCUUCCGAGUGCCGCAUCUUUUGCUGCUCGUCACCCCAACGUAGGCCUCACAGCUUCCGGCCGCUCUCGUGAUCCUCGACGUCCUCAUAUUCCUCAAAAGACGCCUUUUGCCAAAGGUAAUCCUGACGAAGAGUACAUUAAGAGUCAAAUCCCGCUCAGCAGUCUGCGAGACGAGGAUCCGCGAGAGGCGCUGUUGAAGUAUGCGGACAAAGCGAAGAAUGAUACCAUGUUCACGAAUGCGUGGAAGACGACGCAACCGCAAACGAUUUAUCGGGAACUUAGCGAUGAUGAGGAGGAUGAGGGGCCAGAGAAGAAGAAGGUCAAGCAGUAGGCGCAAACAUCGGAUGAAUGUGAAAGAUACAAAAAUUAAAGCGAUAAAAUCAAUCACCAAUUGAGCACUUUUACAGGUCGGAGCUUCAAGUUGUGAACCGUGAACAGCACACAACGACAGACUUGAAGCCUGCAGCCUGCGUUCCCUUGCGAUCGCGCAGUGCCUGGAAGGUAAUACCGUCAUCG